GGAGCGCUUUACUUUUCUCUUGUCUUUGGCUGCUUUCUUUGUUGUUGUGUAUAGUUAUUAGUACAGGGGACACGUUUUCAUCCCUCCUAAGACUUUAUUUUGCAAUAACUUACCAUUAACUGUCUGUGAACCGCAACGUUAGCCUGAAUUUAUUCAAACUGCUAACCUUUCAGAGACAACGAUGCGAACGAGCGGAUUUUAUUUGUGUUUUUCAUUUUAUCGACAGGAAAAUGAGGAAAGAACAUGACUUUCGCCACUUUAAGAGGUUGUUUACAAAAGGAGACAAGGGGGAAAUGACACUCUGCUAGCACAAGAAGACGUGUAAAGACAUAAAGGAAACGGUUACCAAAAACCUCCUGUUUUUACUUAUCAUUUCUGGAUUAAUUGAGAACAGACUACAUGGUUUUUCCUGUUCGUCUUUGUGAGCAAACCCCUGAUGCAUUCACCAAUGGAGAGCUGAGGGUGAGCUGAGACUUGCCCCCUCCCAACAUGCUGGCUCUGAGGCUGGAGCAGGGCAGGCGAGGGGGUGGUGAGGUUGAUCGCUUGCAGAAAGGGGCCACCGUGGCUUGGCAGGGCCGCCAGCCAGGGAGGCCCCCUUCUCAUGAACAGGGCAUUAACAUCAGGGAGAAGAUCUCCCAGUGGGAAGGUCGCAGUCAGCAGGGCAGCAGCCAGGAUGCUGCGGUGAAAGCACACCCUCCAACAGUGUCCCGAAGUCUGUCUGGAGAUGUCCUGGGCAAUGGGGGAUCCAGAGAGGGGCUUCACGCAAAAGCCAGCCUCUCAAAAGCUAAGAGCUUAGAUUUUCGAGAAUGCCCAGCACAGGUUGCGCAUGAUGUGGUUGGUCGGAAGUCAGAACCUCUGCAGAAAUGUCCCACAGAAUUUUCAACCACAGCUCCAGGAAGUAAACCACUUACAGCACAAAUAAUUGCCUCCCCUAAAAUGGAGAACUCUGCCAACUACACAUGUAAACAAACCUAUGUUGCGAAUGGCGACCAAAAAACAGAUCGCAUCUUGGAUGUGGGAGUUGUUUCUAAACCUCUACCUCUAUCAACGGAUGACCAAGAAGACAAAAUGCCUGCCGGAAACUUCUACACUUCACGGGGUUUCUGGCGGAAGCUUGAGGGGGACAGACUGCUCUGGGAGAAAGGCAGGGACUCUUCAGGUGACGCUCAGGCUCCUCCCAAACCUCAGCGGACAUUCCAGUAUCGGGGAACCAACAACAGUAACGUGGGGAACAGAAUGCAAUGGGACAGCGGAUCUCCUCAUAACAGCCACUCCAAUGUGAGGAGCAGGAGGGUAGCCCACCCACCGAGCUUCCCACCUCCUCCAUGUCCAGUGGCAAAGACUAAUGGGCUUUCAAGGCAUAAAAAGAACAGGAAAUCCUUUGAGUACGAGGAUGCGGCGCGUCUGACAGCGAAGCAAGGCACGCUGGGAGGCGCGGCCAGGCAAUCAGGCCUUUACCAUGCCUACUCUGAUGACAAUAUUUACGAGGACAUCGUUUGUGAACCAGAGACUCCAGUGACCAGAGAUAACCCCUAUGAAGAUGUCAAGCUAUCUCCCAUGUGCCUCCCUAUUGCAAGGUCUCACAACCCAAAGCUGCCUCCUAAACCCCAAACGUUGCAAGGUUACGCUGGCAAAGUUGAGAGGAAGAAGUUCCAAACCUUGACAGCAUCCAAAUCCCCGGCCCUGGCAGACAAUCCCAAACUAGCUGCUCCGCGGCGCGCAAGCACUCAAAAAACACAGAGGACGCCUCAGUACGUCAACAAGAUUGAGACCAUCUUUGACGACAAGCGAGGGAGAAAGAGAGUAAAGAACCAGGGAGUCUCAGUGCGAGAGGAGACCAGCGGGACAGAGAGCGACCCAGAGGACAACACCAAAGGCUCCAGGAGAUCAGUGUACAUUCAGUCUACACUGAAACGCCGGCCAGGCUACCGCACCCUGGAGAGAGACCUGAUCCAGCUGCAGCAGCAGCAGCUUUUCCAGAUCUUCGUGGUGGUGUCGCUGAGAAAAGGCUCCCCAGGAAACACCUACUCCCCUGAAAUCACGCAGCAGUUCCCCAAAAUGUUUGAGAAGUCAUCCCGGCUAUCCAGAGAGGCUGAGGAUCAGCUGAAAGUCAUUCCCAAGUUCUGCUUCCCCGACUCACAGGACUGGAAACCCUCUGCACACAUGCCAAGUGAGACCUUCUCCUUUGUGCUGACCGGAGAGGACGGCAGCCGCUGGUUUUGUUACUGUCGUAAGAUCUUGCCCAGUGGAAAAGGCAAGAGGCUUCCUGAGGUGCACUGUAUUGUCAGCAAACUGGGCUGUUUCAACCUGUUUGCAAAGAUUUUGGAGGAGGUGGAGAGGCGCAGGGAGAUUUCCCCAGCGCUGGUGUACCCUUUUAUGCGUAGCGUGAUGGAGGCCCCGUUUCCAGCUCCUGGACGCACAGUCACCGUUAAGAGCUUCCUCCCUGGCUCUGGGAAUGAGGUACUAACGUUGUGUCGACCAGUGGACUCCAGACUGGAACACGUGGACUUUGACAGUCUGCUGCAGUGUCUGAGUGUCGGUAAACUCCUGCAGGUGUUUGCCUCCAUUCUGCUUGAGAGGAGGGUCAUCUUCAUUGCUGACAAGCUCAGCGUGCUGUCUCGGUGUGGCCAUGCAGUGCUGGCGCUGCUGUACCCCUUCACCUGGCAGCACACCUUCAUACCUGUGCUACCAGCCAGCAUGCUGGACAUCAGCUGCUCCCCCACCCCAUUCCUCAUUGGGGUGCUGGCACCCUGCCUUCCACAGCUGCUGGAGCUGCCCAUCGAGGAGGUGCUCAUAGUGGACCUGUGUGCAGACAAGUUCGUUGUUCAGCUGGGCGAUGAAGACUGCAUACUGCCCAGUAAACUGCAGGCGGCUCUGCAGCAGAUCCUGGAGGAGAGGGAAGGUAUCCUGAGCCAGGAGGAUGGAGACAGAUGUGGAGGUCAGCAGGCUGACCUGAGCUCUCUGGUGUCGGAGGGUUUCGUGCGGUUCUUCGUGGAGCUGGUGGGCCACUAUCCUCUCCACAUGGUCGAGUCGUCCAGCGGAAGCAGGGAGCUCCAGCGCGACAACUUCCGCAAAUCUCACCCCUCCCGCGGAGUCCGCCAGUUCCUGCAGCUCUUCAUGGACACUCAGAUGUUUGCCGGCUUCAUUCAGGACAAAGAGCUGCGCAAGGGAGGAGGAAGAGGCCUGUUUGAGGUCCGAGUGGCCGAGUAUCUGGAUUCGUACCCUGAGCCCGAGCCGAGUGGUGUGAAUAAGUUUCUUAAAGGACUGGGAAGCAAGAUGAAGCUCCUACAAAUUAAGUGAAAGAAGACCAACUCCCUGGCUUUUAAAUGAAAGACUUUGUAAUUAAAAACACUUGCUGCUGUUGGACCAUCUGAGGAAAUAAAUGUGGAUGAGAGUCUCUAUGUGAAUGGGAAGGUGAAGAGUUUGGAUAUGAAAAGACCGCACAUAUGUAUGUAUGUCUGAGAGCAGUGCAUUUCUUAUUUGAUGAAAACUGGAAACAGUUCUUGUAUUUCUGUUCUAGUGUUGUGUUAUGAAGCCUUGCGGACAAGGCACUGUGUCUUUGGAAGAAUACAAAAAACAUUCCAGCUAGGUAACCUCAGCUAUCGACCUGAACAUGGACAGUUGUUACUAUUUUCUCUUUGAUUUUUGAAUGGAAACGUGUUUACUUGCAAGACUCUAACAUUUAGAUUCAGCUUUACUGCACAAUGUGUGCAUUUCACAGUACGUGCAACUCUAACGCUACAUUUCAAACUGAAAGUAAUGUAUAUGGCUCCAACCUGAUGCAUGUUUUUAUGAAUUUUAAUGUAGAAUAACAUUAUCCAUGUUGCAUUCCCUUCAGCACCAACUGUAAAAACCUUUACUGUUUACUGUGUUUCUGUUUGUUUGAAUUUCAGAUUAAGUAGAGGUUCAUUAACUCUGAUCAGAACAUUUCAAAGUGUUUAGACUCCAGGUUAAAUCUCAUCUAAGUGAGUAUUUACAUUCUGAGGAAACAGUCUGUUUUUUCUUCUCUCCUUUACUUUCUCUUUAACUGGAAUUGUAAAUAGUUUUUUUUACAUUUUGCACAAUGUUGAGAAUCAGUGUACAGUAUUUGGAAUAUUUUUGUAUUAAGGCAUGGUGUGUCCUACAUACUUUUUAAAUAAAUGGGUUCCCAAGGACAGUAA